ACGCUUUUAUUUUGAAGGAGACGAACCGGAAAAGGCAGUGAGCGGUCUCUGGUUUAGAUUUUCCUCCGCUGCGCCGCGGCGCUUCACUCCCAUUCACAGCAGACUGGCCCAGCCAACCAGAAGUGAAACGUCUAGCGCACCAUGGCAGAGCAUGAGGACCUCACACCGGAGCAGCUAAAGGCGAUCGCAGAGGCCAACGAAGAGAAGGAGUCGGACAUAAACUACAAACCUCCCGCCCAGAAGAGCUUACAGGAGAUCCAGGAGCUGGACAAGGAUGACGAGAGCCUGCAGAAGUACAAGCAGGCGCUGCUGGGCAAAGUCGCCGUGGUCGCAGAUCCCUCUGCGCCUAAUGUCCAGGUGACCCGGAUGACCCUGUUGUGUGAAACGGCCCCGGCUCCUCUGGUCCUCGACCUCCUGGGAGACCUGGAGAACUUCAAGAAGCACCCAUUUACGCUGAAGGAGGGCGUGGAGUACAGAGUAAAGAUCAACUUCAAGGUCAACAAAGAGAUCGUGUCAGGCCUCAAAUACAUCCAGCAAACAUUCAGGAAAGGAGUUAAAGUCGAUAAGACGGACUACAUGGUCGGGAGCUACGGCCCGAGACCGGACGAGGAAUACGAGUUCCUCACCACCAUGGAGGAAGCGCCCAAAGGGAUGCUGGCCCGCGGCACCUACAACGUCAAGUCCAAGUUCACAGACGACGACAAGUACGACCAUCUCUCCUGGGAGUGGAGCCUCGCUAUCAAGAAGGACUGGAAAGACUGAUUUCUGCGACGUCGUCUCGCUCACUCUCCCCUCUGUGUUUUCCAGCUCUCCCCGUCUCCCCUGUCAUUCCACAACUCCUCCCCUAUCGUCUUAGGCUUUUGCUCUCUCUCUCUCUCUCUCCGUCCAUCAUUCCUCCCCUCCCUCCUGCUCUCACUUUGUUUUUUCUUGCUUUUAAUCACACCGUCGUCAACAUUCCCCCCCGCCCCAAUUGUACCAAUUAGUUUACACCCACCAUUUCUGAUAAAGUAUUAAGUCCUCAGAGAAAACGGAGAAUGCAAACUUUGUGCACGAUCCACAGUUUCAGGAUAGUUUGUUAUAAAAGAAAAAAAAAAAAGCUCAGAAUGUGAUUUCCUCUGCCCUGCACCCCUGAUUCUUUCCCUCCCUAAUGUUUUCCACUGUUUGACGUAAUCUACAUGGUCUGCCUUGGACAGAACGCUGCAGAAAACAGCGGCGCUGCCUGCGAGCCGUCAUUUAGCAAUCACUGUUGGAUGUAACUCUGGGACACAGCCCAGCUAAAGCCUCUGAGCAGAUUACAUCUACUUGAGUCUUCGUAAAACUCUUCCAAAUAGUUUGGAUCUUGAUCAAGUCUACUCAGAACAGGGGAAAGGGGUCACCUCUAACCCCGCGUUAGCUGCGGCUCGUCCUCUCCUGAUCAGGUAUUUUGGCUUUUUUAUUAUGAUUUUCUAAGUGGCCUUAAUAGCAGUUAUGAAGAGCUAGAAAGAUGGUUGAGCCUUUUGCCUUCAGAGUGAAUACUAAGCGAGCCUGCUUCAACACAAGCUGUAACAUGCAUACAUGGAAUCAGAGCUAAGGAUUUCUUUAUUUCAGGUUUAGUUACUUGUAUGAACCAUUACAUGUACACGUUGGACAACAUCUCUUCUUUCAUUUCUGUGUAGCGGUCUAAAAAUCAAAUAAAUAAUAAUAAAUAAAAAAGAACUCUAAGAGUCCGGUUUGUAGCGAUCGUUGUCCUCCUGUAGUCUGAGGACGUUCACCACAGCUCCAUGGCCAACCUGAGAUGGGACGUGUUCAAGCAUUCGCUUCAUUGCUCCGAGAUUACUGCUGACUGUGCCUCCAGACUUGGCGUCUCUCAAUCAGUAGCCAGACCUCAGCCCUUAAACGCACGUCGGUAGUUAACACAGCUGGCCACGCAAAGUGUUUUCUUGUUUUCUACACUCCAAAUGUCCGUUUGGCUUCAUUUCGCUCGUGUGUCAUGGACUGGUUCCUCUCGGUGAGGUGGGUUUAGCUCAUUGGUUGCUGUCUGUAUUGCCUACAGUUUACGGAUCUCUUGUGUUCAAAUUAAAGUGUUCAGACUGGG